UCUGCCAGCCAGUGUGAUCACUAGAACAGAAAGCGACAGGAGAGGACCCAGCAAAGACUGAUUUCAGUUUACACAAAAUUAAAAGGUCAAAAUGGGACUGCCAGAAACAGCUGGUAAGGUUACGCCUGCAAUACACAGCCAAUCUACCAACCAGACCACUAGUAGGAGACCACAUCAACACAAAGUACUGGAGAAAUCUGCUCAAUCAAGGAAAGUUCAAAAGCCACCAAGUGCCAGUGAACCGUUGAAAUUACAUGAUAAACAAGGCAUCCAUCCAAUGACACGAAGCACCAAGAAUCAUGAAGCCUCCUCAAGUAGUGCCAGAAGAGCAGCCGGCGGUAAUCAGCACACAACAGCCUCAAAUGCAGCUGGAGAUUCCCAGCAAAUACAUACAGCUCCUUUCAUCACUACCCAAGGGAAAAAACUCUCUGCACCUGAAACUCAAAGUGAGCUGUCUAAAAGAGAUAUAGAGAAAAUAGAAAGACAGACCCGUGGCCAGAGAGAGAAUCAAGACUGGCACUACUGGCGCCAAAAUCGCAUAACGGCUUCAUUGGCACAUCAGAUAUCGCACAGUAGAUUUGCAAAUAAUAAAACUGAAGAUAUUCCACAAUCCUAUCUGAAGGCUAUUCUGGGCUCAGGAUCCACAGUUCAAACAACUGCCAUGAGUUGGGGCAUCAGAAAUGAGAAAAAAGCUGUGCAAACCUAUGAAAGAAUGGCUGCAAAGGAUAAAGGCUGUGAAGUGCAGGUAGAAGAGUGUGGUUUAUUCAUACAUCCAACCAAGACCUGGCUGGCAGCAAGCCCCGAUGGGAUAGUGAAAGAUAAACACACAGGAGAGAAGCUUUGCCUCUUAGAGGUGAACUGUCCAUAUAAACACAAAGAACACACAAUUGAAGAGGCUUGCAAGGACCGCAAUUUUUGCUUAGCACUUAAUGGAGAUUCCUAUAUCCUGAAGCUAAAUCAUGCCUAUUAUACGCAAGUACAAUGUCAGCUGGCAGCCACAGGGAUGAGCAGUGCAGACUUUGUUGUGUACACAAACAAAGAGACUGCAAUCAUCCCUGUGAAAUUUGACCCAGAAUUUUGGGAAAUGACAGAACCAAAGCUGGAGAAAUUCUAUGUAGAAGCUGUACUGCCUCAUGCAAAGAAGAUGGAUGCACAUGGAAAAGAACCACAAAACACUGAUGUGUAUGUACCAGAGGAGUGAUGGAGGGAAGAGAGCAGGGAGUGGAGAAGUAUGAAGUACAAUUACUGUUUGAAAGCCAGAGAUCUGCAAUAUAGACCUGGGUUCUGGAUUCAUAAACUGCUAUUUAUGUAUUGGAAAUAAUGUAGAAGCCACCAGAAGAACAGUGUUCUCUACACUCAAUUCCAAUGGAUCUAAAUUUGUAAAUACACAGAUUGAUCCAGGUAAUGGGUUGGACAGAGUGAUAUCUUAUACUGUAUCUGCAUAAUAGUGUGACAGAAGUAUACAAAUCUUGUGGCAUUGAGACACAACACAUACAGUAUAUGGGUAUCCAAUAAAUCAAACACAAAAAAAUAAGAAUUUACUUACCGAUAAUUCUAUUUCUCGGAGUCCGUAGUGGAUGCUGGGGUUCCAGAAA